AAAAACUUGAAAACAUAAAAAAAACUAAACAUUUGGUUCAAAAAUUGGUUUAUUUACAACGUUAAAUAGCUUUUUAUCAUUGGAUAGUGAACUUGCUCAAUUUUGAGCCUGUUGCUCAAAUUUUAGUUCAGCGGGAGACAGGAGGAAAUUCCAUCGCGUUCAUCAUGACGUUCAUUACAGUUCCCAUUUUUUCUUUGUUUUCAUCGAACUAAUUUAAACAAUAUUUUUAAUCCUUAGGAUUUAAAACAUGUUUAUUCUGCUGCGAUAUAACUCGUUAAACAGUCGCUAGUAAUUCCUAAAAAGUUCCAGCAAAUUGUUUUUCAAGUACAGAUUUGGGUGAAAACGGUUCCACCUGCAUCGAUCGUGAUGAAGAAUGCUGGUCGUCAUUAUGCCCAAGUCGUCCGGAAGAAGGCAUAUUUUCCUGUCUGCAGGGGAAAAGAAGAGUGUUCUCUUAUAGAGGGAAUUAAAAAAGAUCUGACCCUGCAAAUACAAGAUCUCCGCUUGAUUUCUGAACUGACAGAAGGACAUCAAAGAUGCUCUCCAGUGUGGCGAUUGAACCGGGAACCUUUCACGGAUACAAAAGCUUUGCUGAAAACUAAACCACCCUUUCUGUCCUCACGGUCUGAACCUGCUUGGUAUUGGGUGUGCAUUUUGGAUACUGCUGGAAUUCAGAUUUUCUUCCACGUACACAAAUUUAUCGGCCUUCCUGAAAUGCCGUAAAAGUAAUUCCCUUGAACUUUUCCAAGUAUUCCGGAAAAGGGACAUAGGUACCUUCCGUUCGUGCGUAAGGCUGUAGAUCGACAAGGGUGAUGGACAAGAAAAUCAUCUUAGAUUGCCGUGGGCAGUGGGCUAGGCUCUUCAAGGCCCGGAAUCGAGAAAUCAGUGGCAAUGAAAA